CUUUUGGAGACAAGGCUUUGUUCUAGCUCUUUAGGUACUCUUUACUCUUCCAGAACGACGUCGUCGUUCUGCGCCAGUAGACUUCAUCGGACCUCCUACCGGAACAAGUCCGGUGAUCACCAAUGACACAAUUCCCCUGGACACCGGCCUCGUCUACCACCGCUGCCGUGCUCCUCUCGAAUUUUGUGUUGUUGGUUUGGGCCGCCGUCGAUGAUUCAAGCACUGUUAUUCUCCGUCCUCCCCAUGAUGGUAGCAAUCGUCACACCAUGUUUCUACCUCUUUUUCCUUCUCCUUCCUCCUCCUCCUUCUCCGGCGACGGAAAAUCUCGGCGUCGCCUCCACACAUCCGAUGCUCCUAGCCCAAACGCUCGAAUGGCUCUCCACGACGAUCUCCUCUUCGACGGGUAUUUCACGACGAGUCUGUGGAUUGGGUCUCCGCCGCAGAAGUUUGCUCUGAUAGUCGACACCGGUAGCACUGUCACUUACGUUCCAUGCUCCACCUGUCAACGAUGCGGCAACCAUCAGGACCCAAAGUUCAAUCCAUAUUUAUCGAGCACAUACCAACCUGUAAAAUGCAAUGCCGGUUGCAGCAGCUGCGCCAACGACACGCUGCAACAAUGUUUAUACGAAAGAAAAUACGCGGAAUUGAGCACAAGCAGCGGCGUUCUUGGUGAAGAUGUUAUAUCUUUCGGCAACUUAGGCCAGGUUUUACCUCAACGUUCCAUUUUCGGCUGUGAAAACAUGGAAACCGGUGAUCUCUUCACUCAACAUGCUGAUGGAAUAAUGGGUUUGGGUCGUGGUGAUCCGAGUAUAGUCGAUCAACUUGUUGAUAAAGGUGUAAUAAGAGAUUCGUUUUCUUUGUGUUAUGGUGGCAUGGAUACCGGCGGUGGUGCCAUGGUUCUCGGUGGUAUUUCACCUCCGUCAGGAAUGGUCUAUGCUUACUCAGACCCUGCACGCAGCCCAUAUUACAACAUUAAGCUGAGAGGGUUACACGUCGCCGGAAAGCGGUUGGAUUUGAGUCCGAGUGUUUUUGAUGGAAGGCUUGGAACAAUCCUAGAUAGUGGAACGACAUAUGCUUUCCUACCUGAAGCAGCUUUUCUUGCAUUUAAAGAUGCUAUCAUGAAAGAACUCCAUAAUGUGAAACAGAUCAAUGGGCCUGAUCCAGGUUAUAAUGACAUUUGCUUCUCCGGUGCUAAAAGUGACGAUGGUUCACAGCUACUGAGAACAUUCCCGACGGUUGAUAUGGUGUUUGGAAAGGGACAAAAACUGUCACUAACCCCAGAGAAUUACUUGUUCCCUCAUUCAAUGGUGGAGGGUGCAUAUUGUUUGGGGAUUUUUCAGAAUGGAAAGGAUGCAACGACUCUUUUAGGAGGCAUUCUUUUUCGCAAUACUUUGGUUAUGUAUGAUCGUGAACAUAACACGAUUGGAUUUUGGAAAACUAAUUGUUCUGAUUUAUGGGGAAGACUUGAUGCUUCAACUGGAGAUAUGUCUCCAGCUUCAUCGGCUUCAAACAAUAAUUCUCCACGGUCGUCGAGUGAUGUUGGCUCCGGAAGAUUUAUAUCAUUACAACUGAUUGCUCUGGGAAUCAUUUUGUUUCUAUUAAGUAAUCAUUACGCUUUUGGUGUGUAAUAAUUUUUGUAGUUCAUUAUUUCAAUAUGUAAAUUUGAUGUCAAUAUGUAAUGUUUGUUGGGCUUCCCUCUUCUUGGAGGAUGGCCCAAGGCCCAAGGGGGGAUGGAGGAUAUUAUUGUUCAAAGAAAAAGUGGUAGGUUUUCUUAUGGAAGAACAUAAAGAAAAAUAUCAACACAUAUAGAGAAGAAACUGUAAAAAUAAUAUCAAAAAAUAAAUGUUUUUGUACGAACUUUGGCCCGGGUUUUAGAGGUGCCUUCCUAGUUCCUAACUCAUGAUUGUUUAAUCUGAAAGAUUUGGAUUGCAUUUGGAGGAAGUUAGAUGUGCAUUAUGUAUGGCC